AUGCAGCACUGCGUUAUGGAUAAGGUUGACAGCAGCGGAAGAAUCAAUGUAGUCUACACUAGGUUCCGUAACCCUAGCGGUGAGGAUGCAAAUGGAGUAGAUUGCGAUCCAUGGGUCCAAGGAAGACAGUGCGACACGUUCCUGAAGAUCUGUGUUGCUUCUCCAACACCACCUACUUCUUCUAACUGUCCAACAAAGAUUAGCAAGCAGAACGCGGACUCUUUCACUAUGAACAUACCCAUAAAUCCGCCACCAUUUAAUGCUUUAAGGAGACCUUAUGGAUUUUACGUGGCAGCAUGGGAUAAUGAUAUUGGAAAUGAUGAUCUGAUCGAUACGUUCUCUUAUACCUUCACAAACCAACCAACACCUAAUGGCUUAACACACUGGUAUAUACCACAGUCUAACUGUACAAAAUACUGCAUCCCUCGUAAUGACAGUAGAGGUUACUAUCAAUGUGAUGGUAAUGGAGACAAGGUGUGCUUAACCAACUGGUAUAUACCACAGUCUAACUGUACAAAAUACUGCAUCCCUCGUAAUGACAGUAGAGGUCAUUAUCAAUGUGAUGGUAAUGGAGGCAAGGUGUGCUUAACCAACUGGUAUAUACCACAGUCUAACUGUACAAAAUACUGCAAGCCACGUGACGACAUCUUUGGUCACUUCAAGUGUAACACAACAACUGGAGAUAAAAUCUGUCAUGUUUCCUGGCACGGUCAGAACUGUACUAAUAAGGUUGCCAGCAGUGGAAGAAUCAACGUCGUAUUCACAAGAUUUCAAAAUCCUAGCGGUGAAGAUGUAAAUGGAAAAUAUUGUGAAUUGGCUAGUAAGUGUGAUACGUUCCUGAAGAUCUGUGUAGCUUCUCCAACACCACCUACUUCUUCAAGCUGUCCAACAAAGAUCAGCAAGCAGAACGCAGACUCUUUCACUAUGAACAUACCCAUAAACCCGCCACCAUUUAAUGUUCUAAGGAGACCCUAUGGAUUUUACGUGGCAGCAUGGGAUAAUGAUGAUCUUAGUUCUGAUGAUCUGAUCGAUACGUUCUCUUAUACCUUCACAAACCAACCAACACCUAAUGGUACGAUACCACCRUGGACAAGUCUAUCAGUGAAUGGAACAAGGACGAUAUCUGUUAAAUGUACUCUUGACUUUAAGUACCGUAUCUACUGUGAUAGACAUUACUAUGGACAAAGAUGUGACAAACACUGUCAAUACACAGACUCUGAUAACACUGGUCAUUACAGAUGUAACAACAAUGGAGACAAGGUGUGCUUAACACACUGGUAUAUACCACAGUCUAACUGUACAAAAUACUGCAGACCGCGUGACGACAUCUUUGGUCACUUCAAGUGUAACACGACAACUGGAGAUAAAAUCUGUCAUGUUUCCUGGCACGGUCAGAACUGUACUAAUAAGGCUGCCAGCAGUGGAAGAAUCGACAUAGUAUUCACAAGAUUCCGUAAUCCUAGCGGUGAGGAUUCAGAUGGAGGAUACUGUGAUACAUGGGCCCAAGGAAGAGCGUGUGACACGUACCUGAAGAUCUGUGCUGCUUCUCCAACACCACCUACUUCUUCUAACUGUCCAACAAAGAUAAGCAACCAGGGCAACUCUUUCUUUAUGAACAUACCCAUAAACCCGCCACCAUUUAAUGCUCUAAGUGUAGGUACCGCUUUUUUUAGCGCGCUUUUUUCCUCCUUCAUGCAUUGAUGUAAUUGAUUGAUAAGAGCAUCCGUCAGUUGUGCAUGAGGUCGUGGUUUGAGUCCCGACCGGACUAAUACUCAGGUUCUUCAGAAUAACUAAGGAAAAGGUGCUGCCUUUGUACCCGGGAGAGAGGGGGGGACUACCACCCCAACUUGGGUAGGGGUGUGCCGCCA